AUGCAGAAAUACGAGAAACUCGAGAAGAUUGGGGAAGGCACCUAUGGAACAGUAUUCAAGGCCAAAAACCGAGAGACCCAUGAGAUUGUGGCUCUGAAACGGGUGAGGCUGGAUGACGAUGAUGAGGGAGUGCCGAGCUCAGCCCUUCGGGAAAUCUGCCUACUCAAAGAGCUGAAGCACAAGAACAUCGUCAGGCUUCAUGACGUCCUGCAUAGCGACAAGAAGCUGACUUUGGUUUUUGAGUUCUGUGACCAGGACCUUAAGAAGUAUUUCGACAGCUGCAAUGGUGACCUAGAUCCUGAAAUUGUAAAGUCCUUCCUCUUCCAGCUGCUGAAAGGCCUGGGAUUCUGUCACAGCCGCAAUGUACUGCACAGGGACCUGAAGCCCCAGAACCUGCUGAUAAACAGGAACGGGGAGCUGAAAUUGGCCGAUUUUGGCUUGGCUCGAGCCUUUGGGAUCCCAGUUCGCUGUUACUCAGCUGAGGUGGUCACGCUGUGGUACCGCCCACCGGAUGUCCUCUUUGGGGCCAAGCUGUACUCCACAUCCAUCGACAUGUGGUCGGCCGGCUGCAUCUUUGCAGAGCUGGCCAAUGCGGGGCGGCCUCUUUUCCCGGGCAAUGACGUAGACGACCAGUUGAAGAGAAUCUUCCGGCUUCUGGGGACACCAACCGAGGAGCAGUGGCCUGCCAUGACCAAGCUGCCAGACUAUAAGCCCUACCCGAUGUACCCGGCCACAACGUCCCUGGUGAAUGUCGUACCCAAGCUCAAUGCCACAGGGAGGGACCUUCUACAGAACCUCCUGAAAUGUAACCCCGUCCAGCGCAUCUCGGCAGAGGAAGCCCUGCAACACCCCUACUUCUCCGACUUCUGCCCCCCGUAG